GGAGGACUGGAAGCUGCCACAGCCCACACGUCAGUCAUUUUCGCAGAGGCCCACCCCUCGCUGUAUAAAAGGCUUCCCAACCAUCCUUCCUGUCUCGGACACAUUUGUACUCUUGAUCUCUCAGUGACUCCUGACAGCUCCGUUGGAUCCUUAAGCAUCAUGACUGACGAACGUACCUUCAUUGCUGUCAAGCCCGAUGGCGUUCUGAGGGGCCUGAUGGGCGAGAUCAUCAAGCGUUUCGAGCAGAAGGGCUUCAAACUGGUGGCCAUGAAGUUCAUGUUGGCCCCUGACUCCCUCCUGAAGGAGCACUACAUUGACCUGAAGGACAAGCCUUUCUACGCCGGACUCUGCAAGUACAUGGGCUCCGCACCUGUGUGCGCUAUGGUGUGGGAGGGCCUGAGUGCCGUGAAAACUGGCAGAGUGAUGCUGGGUGAGACCAACCCCGCCGACUCCAAGCCUGGCACCAUCCGCGGAGACCUCUGCAUCCAGGUUGGCAGGAACAUCAUCCACGGCAGUGACUCAGUUGAGAGCGCCAAUAAGGAGAUCAGCCUGUGGUUCAAGCCAGAGGAGCUUGUGUCCUGGAAGCUUGCUGCUCUGGAGCACAUCUACGAGUAAACCCGACCUUCAAUCCGCCCUUGUGGCCCAUGACCUUGCCUUGCACAAAUGACUUUCUCUCUCCAUCGUAUAUUGCUGUAGACUUGGGUCAUGUGUCUCUCCUCUUACUGUCCUUGUAGCGACUAAAGCACUUGUUGAGUAUAAAAAAAUCAUGUACGGAGCAUGGUGUUUUUUAUAUACAUUAAAUCUGGACGAAAGCUGGA